AUGGCAGCCGACCAGCAACGUCGCGUGAAGCUGAUAGUUAGCUACGGCGGGAGGAUCGAGCGCGCCGAGGGUCGGCCGCCGAGGUACGUCGGCGGCGAGCAUCUGCUCCUCAACGUCCUUUCGUCCGUCUCGACGAGGGGCUUCCGCGACCUGCUGGCGGCGCGCGCGUGCUUCUCCAACUUCUCCGUCAAGUACUGCUACUCCGGCGAGGGGCUGGACUCGCUCUGCGACGUGGACACGGACGAGGACCUCCGGGACAUGCUGGACAUCUUGCUCUACCGGGACCUGCAGGCCCGGCUGUUCAACGACCAGAACACGCGCAGGUUCCGGGUCUACCUGUUCCGCGACGCCGCCGCCCCGUCGCCGACCUCCCAGGCCCUCGGAAAACCAGCUCCCAUGCGGCGUAGCGCGACGUCGCCAGCUCUGUUGUCGGCGAAGCCGGCCGACGUCGGCGGGCGGCCCUCCCAUGGCCUGGCCGCUCCCGCUCCCUCUCUGGUGCCGCGGAUCACGACGUCGCCGAAUCCGUUGUGCGAGACGUCGACGGUUGGCACGGCGCCCUCCAAGCCGCCGCUCGCCCCCACUCUCGCACGGCGGAUAGCGUCGUCGCCUUUGUUGACGGCAGACUCGACAGAUGACACGCCUUCUUUGAUCACCACCACGUCGACAUCAGCAGCCAGAGCUACGCAACAUACACCACCCCACGCGGCGGCGUUCUGGCCGGCAGAGCAGCAUAAUCCGUUGUGCGAGACGUCGACGGUUGGCACGGCGCCCUCCAAGCCGCCGCUCGCCCCCACUCUCGCACGGCGGAUAGCGUCGUCGACUUUGUUAACGGCAGACUCUACAGAUGACACGGCUUCUUUGAUCACCACCACGUCGACAUCAGCAGCCAGAGCUACCCAACAUACACCACCCCACGCGGCGGCGUUCUGGCCGGCAGAGCAGCGUAAUCCGGUGUACCAGGCGGCUCCAGUAUUCUUGGUGCCAGUAAUGCCGCAGGUCAUAAUCCACCGGCCAGAGAUCAUACUCGUACCCAUGUUCAAUUCAAAGGUGGCCAUGGGCUGA